AUGUCUGUACUCUUCGAAACCUCUUUGGGUGACAUUGUCAUUGACCUCGAGGUUGAAGCUUGUCCAAAGACAUGCGAAAACUUCCUGAAGCUAUGCAAAGUCUAUUAUUACAACCUUAACGCGUUCUUCAAUGUGUCGAAGGAUUUCCUUGCCCAAUGCGGUGACCCUUCAGCAACAGGAACCGGCGGAGAAUCGAUAUGGUCGUACAUUGCCUCUCAAUCGCCCGACAACCCGCGCGCUCCUCGUUACUUUGAACCCGAAAUCCGACCCAAGCUCAAACACACAGCCCGCGGAACAGUGUCGAUGGCCGUCGCUCCAGCUCUUGAAGGCAACAAGGGAGGCUGCGGAAGUCAAUUCUUCAUAACACUCGGGGAAAAUAUCGACUACCUGGAUGGCAAGCAUGCGGUGUUUGGGCACGUUGUCGAAGGAUUGGAGACGUUGGACAAGAUCAACGAAGUUUACGUCGACCAGGACAGCCGACCGUUCAAGGACAUCAGGAUACGGCAUGCUAUUAUCUUGGACGACCCAUUUCCAGACCCUCCAGGCCUUGUGGUACCGGAGGCAGAGCCUACGAAACCCCCGGAUAAUUCAACACGGAUUGCUGAGGACGAGGACCCACUCGCUACAUUGCCCGAGGAAGAAGAGGAGCGUAUCCGUCGCGAAAAAGCCGCAGCAGCCUCAGCGCUUACGCUCGAAAUGGUCGGAGAUCUGCCCUUUGCCAACGUCAGGCCUCCCGAGAACGUACUCUUCGCCUACUUCAAGAUGCAGAACGUUUUGGUUGACGAUCGCCGGAUAUGGGUUGACUUCUCGCAAUCAGUGGCGAAAACAAACGCAGUCUGGUCCAACGAUAUCGUGAAACCCAAGAAGUACAGGGGAGGAGGGUUUGCCGGUCGUGAUGACUUGGAGGAGACUCGCCGUUACAGAGCUCAAGAAGGACCAGCAAGAUCUGGGAACGACGAUUAUUCGAUGGUUUUCGACAUGAGCGACCGCCCGGAACGAAGGAAACGCAGCCGCAGCCGCGACAGAGACGGAGACCGCUCGCGCCGCAAGCGAUCCAGGUCUCGUUCCCCGAGAUCUGAUAGGGACAGGCAUCGGGAUCGUGACCGGCGGAGGAGCAGAAGCAGAGAACGGCACUCUGGUCGAGGGAGAUACUAUUGA